AUGUAUGAAACAAAUUACUCUUCGGUGUCUGAAUUUUUAUUCCUGGGACUUUCUCCCUCCAGACCAGUACAGGAUUUCCUCCUCGCCUUUUCUACAGUGUGUUAUGGAACAAUUGUUCUAGGGAACCUCCUUGUUGUGUUUGCAGUGAUCUUUGACCCUCAUCUACAUUCCCCCAUGUACUUCCUUUUAGCCAACCUCUCCUUUAUUGAUUUGUGUCUCUCUACCUUAACAGUUCCUAAGAUGAUUUCUGAUCUGUGCUCUGGGUGCAAAACCAUAUCCUUUCAGGGGUGUGUCUUCCAGAUAUUUGUCCUUCACAUCCUGGGUGGAUCUGAGAUGGUGCUGCUUACUGCCAUGGCCCUAGACCGAUAUGUGGCCAUAUGUAAGCCCCUGCAUUACCUGACCAUCAUGAGCCCCCAGAUGUGCCUUUUGCUUCUGUGUGGCGCUUGGGCUAUUGGCCUCCUUCACGCAGUGGUCCAGGUAGCUUUUGUGGUCCAUCUGCCAUUUUGUGGUCCUAAUGAAAUAGAUAGCUUUUACUGUGAUCUUCCUCAAUUUAUCAAACUUGCCUGCAUAGACACCUACAGAAUGGAAUUCAUGGUUACUGCCAACAGUGGGUUCAUUUCUAUGGGCACCUUCUUCUUACUGAUUGUCUCCUAUGUUUUCAUCCUGGUGACGGUAUGGAAACGCUCCUCAGGCGGUUUGUGCAAGGCUCUCUCUCCUCUGUCGGCUCACAUCAGUGUGGUGAUUUUGUUCUUUGGGCCAUGCAUCUUUGUUUACAUGUGGCCAUUUCCCACGGUGCCGGUGGAGAAGUUCCUUGCCAUUUUGGACUUUAUGAUUACGCCCCUCCUGAAUCCUGCCAUUUACACAUUGAGAAACAAGGACAUGAAGAUGGCAGUGAGGAGACUGAGUAGUCAGCUCCUGAGCUGGCAGAAGAUCUCCUAA